CGGAAGUCGAGUUCGCGCCAAGCACUGAAACCAUCAAGAAGUUGACACAAAAGGAGCAGUGAAAAAAAGAUUGAGUUCUCCAAUUUCUGCAAUUAAACGCAACAAUGUCCACCGCCGUUCAGCGCAAACUUGAAUUCCCAGUGAGAAAAUCGUCGAGACUGCAGAAAAUCGUACCUCAAACACAAGAUGAAUCAGUGCCAAAGACUAGAUCAACAAGGAAAUCUGCGAGGAAAACUAGGAAAGAUGAAAACACACCUGUUCAACAAAGUGAAAUGUCUCCAAGAAAACGGCACAGUGAUGAUGAGAACCAACCAGUUUUCAAUACACCAAGUCCAAGUAAAAAGAUAAAAAAUCAGGAUGAAAACCUGUCACCUCAACGGCGAGAUGAAACUCCAGUCAGAGGGAGUCUAGCUGCCAAACUUGCUGCAGCGAAACUGUCGGAUGAAGCUAUCAAGAAAGAACUGUCUUCGCCAAAAAAAGAACAAAUCAGGACACCUUUGUCCCCGAUCAAAUCACAGAUGACCAAUUAUCCAGAAACGAGGUCACCAUUGAAGACUCUUCUACAGGGACGGCCAUUGUUGUCUUCACCAUGUAAAUCUCCGAGAAAGCUGCUUAUCUCAUCACCUGCCAAGUCUCCGAGAAAGUUGCUGUUUGAGCCCAAUAGCCCACACAUGUCUCCUAGGAAGUCACUGUGUCAGACAAGUAGUCCACACAAGUCUCCGAGGAAGUCGCUGUGUCAGCCAAGUAGUCCACUGAAGUCUCCUUCUAUGAAACUUGGAAAGCCAGACUGCACAGCAUAUCACAAAGCCAAGCAGAUGUUUCACACUGCAAAACCGGAGCGUUUGAUUGGUCGAGACAAAGAGACGGAAGAGGUUCGGUUAUUCCUGAAGGGUCACAUGAGCAAAAAGACAGGCGGCAGCCUCUACAUCUCCGGUGCUCCAGGAACAGGCAAAACCGCUGUGUUAACGCACAUCAUUGAUGAGUUGAAGAGUGUCCACAGCUGUAAGACUGUGUACCUGAACUGUAUGACCCUGGACAAUUCUUCCACUGUGUACGGCAAGCUCUACACAGACAUAACGGGCAAGAAUGCCCCCACUGCCAAGGAGAGGUUGAGAGCUGUUGAGCGAGUGUUGACGACAGAUGGACCAUCAAUUGUUAUGGUUCUGGAUGAGAUUGACCAACUGGACAGCAAGAAUCAAGAGAUCUUAUACACCAUUUUUGAAUGGCCAUCUCUCAAAAAGUCUAGGCUCAUACUUGUCGGUAUAGCCAACGCCCUAGAUCUCACUGAUCGAGUGUUGCCACGGUUACAAGCCCGCCCCAGUUGCCGUCCACGCCUCCUCAACUUUGCUCCGUACACGAAGGACCAGAUCUCUGCCAUACUAAAGGACAGGAUUAAAGAUCUGGAGAGUGACCUUGUGGAUGUGGUAGCAAUCCAGUUCUGUGCACGAAAAAUAUCUGCAGUAGCGGGCGACAUGCGUAAAGCCCUUGAUGUGUGUCGAAGAGCGGUGGAAAUGGUGGAGACGGACGUGCGAUCACAGAAAGUCCUGCAACCCACUGCUUCAGGUUUAGCCAGUCCAAGCAAACAGUCCCCGAGAAAGAAAGUGCCUAAGAAGAUCAGCGUGGCUCACAUCAACAAUGUGUUGUCUGACGUAUAUGGCUCUGGAGCUGCGGCCAAGCCACAAGAGACCAUACCCCUACAACAGCAACUGGCCGUGUGUAGCUUGCUGCUGCUCCUAAAACAGGGAAAGAUGAAAGAAGUGCCUGCUGGAAAGCUGCACGAGACUUACAGUAAGGUAUGCAAGGGCCGUCAGAUGGCAGCGGUGGACCAGUCCGAGUUUCAGAGCAUUCUCACCCUGAUGGAGUCCCGGGGAAUCAUUGGCAUGAAGAAGGCAAAGGAAACCAGGCUCAACAAGGUAACACUGAAGUUGGAUGAAAAAGAAUUAGAACACACCAUGCAGGAUAAACUCCUUGUGUCCAGCAUUCUACAGGAGGGCAUCCCAAAGUAACCACUGGUCCAUCAAAAAACAUCUACAUAAAACAUGUGCUUCCAUAUCAAUAAUGUUCAAUCAUGAACCAAGACUCGAUGACCAGUAUUGUGGGAGACGCAGAGGAUUUCGCAAAGUGACCACUUCUCAACAAGAGGACAGCGUCCAGGCUUUCUUCGGUGGUUAUUUUAGGAAAGUGACCCUUACCCAUCAAGUUUGAUUGUGCCUGUUAGAAACUUUGAACAAUAGCUCAUCAAAGUUAGAAAAUUGAAGGUAAAAAUCAACUGGAUAUUUUGUCAGGUCAUUCAAUCAUUACUAUUUAUAAGCUGCAUGCAAGAGAGAAAACAAUUUUAUAUCUGGAAUAGUGAAAAUGAAUACAUUUUAGCAUUGGUAAUGUAGCCGAAUAACAACUGUGAAACAGCUGAAACAAAUCCCUGUGUAUUCCUCUAAAGGUUGUUGUUUGCAAAUCUGUUGCUCAUUAUGACUUAAUUUACUUAUCUUGCCUGCAGCCUAGCUGUAAAUAGCCUUAUUCUUGGGUAUUUUCAAGGUCACUUCAAAUGCACAUUGCAAUUACAUGUAAAAGAUUCUGUGGGAAUUAGAACAGGCAAAAUGUUGUUUAGUCAAGAGGUAAUUUAGCUUUAAUAUUUUGAAUUCAGAAUAAAUCUGACUGACAGAAAAAUAUUGAGUUGUAGGUUCACAACUUACUAGAACCAUCACACCUUGUCAGUUAUAUAUUUUAAAAAAUGUGUUUAUGAAAACAUUUGUUGGUCAACCAAUAACAAUUAUAUAUACCGACGAUGUUCUAAAUUUUCCAGUGACCACUGAUUGUAAGGCAAUGUUGCUAUAUUUUCUAAAUCAAUUGCAUUUCUCAUUGGGCCUAAAAAAAAAUACAUUUGGUUCGGGUUACCCGACCCUACCUACGGAAUAGGCGCCGACCCUAACGUUUUUAUAGUCAGUUUGAAAAAAAAAAAAUGAAAAAAUCAAAAAAAAAUAAUUUUUUUUGGGCUUUUCAAUAUGUAGUUUAAAACCUUAAUUGCUUAUAUAGAAGAUAACUUUAACACCAUUCUCCAAUGAUGAAAAUGACAUUCUUAUACAAAGCCUAAUAAAAAAAAAAAAUAAAAAAAAAUAAAAAGCCUACCUACCCUACCUAUUUUUGAAAAGGAUGUAACCCUAACCAAACAAAUUUUUUUUAGGCCUUGGUGAUAACUUAGAAAAGUAUCUUUCACUGUAACAAAGUCAUUUUAGGUAUAUGAGAAUGUUCAGUUUAAAUGAUUGUGACCUGUUGUAACAUAUAGCUAGUAUGAAUGAAAAUGUAUGUGCCAAAUGAUAUGAUAAUUGUACAGUGUGUUGAGUGGGAGACUUUCUUGGGUGUAGAUUGCAAAAUGUGUUAGACUUGUCUAUGUGUAGAAUGUUUAAUUUGUUGAAAGGAAGAAUGAAUGAGUAUAGAUGCUGUAUUAUAUAUUUGACAAAAGACACAAAAAAACAUGUUAUGUGUAAUUGUGAAUGAAAUGUGUGCAUGUAUUAUUUUAGUGUUAGGCUACAUAAAUGAGCUUAUUUAUGAAAACUAGUUACAACCUUUCUUUUGAUGUAUGUACAUCAUGUAUAUAAUAUAUAUAUGCAUAAAAAGGGUGUAUAAAAUAUACUUUUAAAUUAUUUUUAAUCAAAACAGAAUUUUAGCAUUAAAUUCAGGUGUUACCAAUAGUAAUUGGCAUUAUGUAUGUUUUAAUAUAUUUAAUAAUAAUAAUGACUUAUACGCCUUUGUAUUAUUCUUACCAGUAGUCUGUAGAUCAUGUACCGGGUAUUGAAUAUUUGUGAAAGUAUAAAUAAAUUUAAUGCACUUUUCAUGUAUUAUUUAUUUUUAAUCAAUUAUGAACAUGUAAAUCAUUGUCUUUCAGAGUAAUAUUUUUUGCUCCACCCACUGUGUUCAUGUGAUGAAAUAUUUAAUUUAUGUUUAUUGACAUUUUUAAUGUGUACGGUACUGUGUAUAAAAUUUAAGUCAUGUAGGAGGCAUUUUCAUAGCCUUGGUGUGUCAAACAAUAAUUUAAAACAUUGCUCAGAAGUCAAAAACCUUUUUGGAAAUUAAUUUCAUUUCAUAUGCUACUAGAAAAAAACACAUGCACAUCAAGGGGCUGUUUUCAUAAAGCAUCUUAAGUCAUUCCUUAACUUAAGUUGAUUUCUUUAUUUUUUCAUAGUCAGACUUAAACAAAUGGAAUAAAUGUUUCUAACAUCAAAGUAUGCUUUGUUCAAUAAGGUCAAUGAAAAUAAUUUGGGAAAUCCGUUAUUUUUUUAAUUUCAUAUGGCUAGAGAUACUAAAGUUAGAAAAGUGACUUAAGUUAGUAAAUGGCUUGAAAAGUUUUAAGAAUUCUGCCCAAGGCCUAUAACUCCAUUUAGUUAUCGAAGUAAUACACCCAGAUGAGUGUUGGUAUUCGCUCAUUUAUUGUAAAUCAAGAGCAGUCCAAGUUGUGAUCAUUUAAAGGGGCAUUAAUUGAUAUUAAUAACUUAUUCAGAAGGUUCAUGAUUUGCCUACUUUUGUAUUCCAUUUGUGUUUUUGUAAAUGACUGGGACUAUGUUUAUUACUAUAUUUUGUAGUACAAACAACAAAUAUAUAGACUGAACAACAAAGAAACCGAGAAAAAAAAUACAGACAAGAUAAAAAAAAAAAUGAAAAAAAUAGUAGUUAGUACAGCCAUUGUUAAUUAAUUCUGGUUUUUUUUACAGAAUAUACAAUGUUCGUGUAUGCAAUGUUUCAAUUUGUCAAUUCUGAAUUGUUAAAAUGUUUGUAUGUUGUCAUUCAUGCUUUAAUCAUGUAUGUUUAGCAUUCAACUCCAUGAUGCCGGAUUCAAGUGUUUUAUUUAAUUGUACAUGUAAAACAUUGCAAAUAUGUCAAUUUGUGAGGUAGUGUUAAACACAAUGGUUCUAUGGAAUAAAUAAAAGAGAA